AUGUCGGACAACCCAGACAUGGCCCAAAGUUUUGCUCAGGGCAAUGUUGGAAACGUAUGGGACCUGACAGGCCAGAAUGACGUGCCUGACAUGGACGAUAACUCCCCUGCCCCUGACCAUAUGACGAAUUUCAUUUCGAACUUCAUCCCUAUACCUCGCGGAGUACACUCUGGCUUGACCGUCAAGCAAGCACGCAUCGUCAUCAAGGCGUUGACUCAAAGCGUCCUGGAUCGCAGCAAGGCCGUUCUACUGAGACUGAAGCCCGACAUUGAUGAACUCAACGAGGACCUAUCUCGCAUCAAGACCUGGAAGAGCAUGCUGAACGGUCAGCUACCCGAGAAAAUUCGGCUUGCUUUGGAGGGUAAUGCACGAGAGGGUGACAUGAAGUCUGUCUCGGAGUGCCUCCAGAGAGACUCAUUCAUGGCGCUUGAGAGAUCCAACAAGAUUCUCCGAGUUCUUAGUAUUGAGAAGAAUCAUGCUACUGCUCAUGCGAAGGCAAUGGAUGAGAUGGAGAAUUGUGUCAAGGGGAAUAUGGAAGAAGUCCAACAAAUCUUGGGCCAUGUUCUUUCGGCUCUCCAUCUGAAACUGCCCCCUGGAGCGGAAUAUGGGUUGGUACCCCAUAAGGACGUGAAAAUCUAUGAGGGUACACCGCUGCUGUUCUAUCCGAAGGCGCCCGAGGGAGAUGAAAAUGAUGAUGUCCAGGGGCAGUGGUUCGUUGCGGAGUAUGAUCAUCCUAUGGUCACAGUUCCAGGGACUGCUUGGAACAAAUGGAUUCGAAACUGGGCUGAUCCGGACUCGGAUGCCAUUACUAUCAAGCUACCACCCGUUGCACGCGCAUUUUUGGCCGAGAUCCGGGGAGAGUACAACAAAGCACUUGUUCAGUUCCUACGGAGCGAACCUGUUCGGAGCGGAGUGGUGCAGCUCAAGCCUACUGUGUUCAAAGAGAUCCAGAGUUAUCAAUUCCUGAAGAAGAUCUGCAACUUCAGAGGACGAAUCUCCCAUCAUUUUGUCUCGGAGGAGAAUGAUUCCCAUGGAGAUGAUCGCUUCAGCGAACUUCCAACGUAUGACCCAAGGGGUGAGCUCCAGAUCGAGGUCAUGAACAAUAUUGCUAGCAUGAUCCGAGGUGGAGCGCGAGCGGUGCUAGGAAUGAAUGGAUCGACCAUGACGAUCAAAGUGGUCGAGUUUUCGGAGAGAAUGGGGUGA